AUGUUUCAGCUAAUAUUUUUGUGUGCUAUAUUCAUUGGCCAGAAGACUGCGGCGGUACUGGAUCCCGGCUACGAAUACGUUGAGGAAGCAAACACGUGGCUGCGCUUGCACAUCGUGCCCGCUGAUUGGCAGGACGCGCGCGUACAGUGCCGACUUGAAGGUGGUGUAUUAGCCUCCCCUUCGACCACAGCUCUGACAAAAGCCAUGCUAUCUAUGAUGACCACAUACAAGGUUAAUUUAGGUACGCGGUGUUUCACAGGGAUUCAUGAUCUCGUCUCUAAACGAGACUUCAUGUCUCUUGAUGGUGUGUCUGUCACAAACAUGCAGCUGGAUUGGGCUCAUGGUGAACCCAGUGGCAAUGAUGAGAACUGCUUGGUUCUAAACGGAGAAGGUGAAAUAGCCGAUGACAGCUGUUCGAGCAAAUACCCCUUCUUCUGCCGCAAGGACAACGCAGCUAAUGUCAGCCAUGAAUGCCACUGCACUCACAAGUAUUACGAAUACCACCCUCGCACUGGCAGCUGCUACAAGUUCCAUAAAGAAGUUGAGACCUGGCACCAUGCUGCCAAGGUGUGUCACGCAGAAGGAGGACAUCUGGCCAUUAUCAACAGUAACACGGAAGCUGUGGUGAUCAAGGACAUUUUUGAGAACUACCCCGAAGGCAAUAUAAUUGGGCCAACUUAUACUUCAAAUGCCUGGGUUGGUGUUUGGAAAUGGAAUGACAGAAAUGGUGCAUGGCUAACUACUACUACAUGGUAA